AGCUUCCUGUUUUCCGGUAAACUGAGAGAAUGGCUUUCCUACAGUGGAGAAGGUUCAACUUUUUUGAUAAAGAGCUUGUGAAAGACCCAGCAAGUGACCAGCCGUUUGAGCAGCUGAAGGAUGUCAAUGUGUCAGCAUGCUCCAGUGGCCGAGGGCAGCUAGUGGUUGGAGAUUUUGAAGGUAACAUUUACUUCAUCAACAGACAACUGACACUGUCAUCAUUUCGAGCUUAUGACAUUCGUGUGACCCACAUGCAUCAGAUGAAACAGCAUAACAUUCUUGUGACUAUUGGGGAGGAUGAGCAAGGUGUGAAUCCUUUAAUUAAAGUUUGGAAUUUGGACAAGAUAGAUAAGGGCAUUCCAGUGUGCACCAGGCUGACAAGAGCCAUCCCAAGCAACAAGCCAACACCAGUUACAUGUUUCACUGUUCAUGAGAAUUUUAACUUCAUGGCAGUGGGGUUUGAAAAUGGUACUGUUAUCCUCUACAAAGGUGAUGUAACUCGAGACAGGCACAGCAAACAGAGGGUAGUGUUUGAAAAUGCCAGGCCUAUCACAGGGCUUUCCUUUAAGAGUGGAACAAAAGAGGUCUUUCUUUUCGUUGUGACAGAGACUGCUGUUGUGUCCAUCAAUGUUACAAAUAAAGACACCAGGAAUCAGCUGGAACAGUUUGGUGCUAGUCGUGGAAAUGUUGUCAUGAGUGAUAACAGUCAAGACUAUCAACUUGUUAUUGGACGUCAGGAUGCUGUUUACUUUUACCAGCCAGAUGGGCGAGGACCUUGUUUGGCUUUUGAAGGAGAAAAGUUACAGCUGCAUUGGUUUCGUGGCUACCUCAUCAUCGUUGGCAAAGAAAGCAAGACAAUGCCUCGUGCUCCACCCAUGGGAACUCAUAGCUUAGAGAUGAAUCUUGUUACCGUCUACGACAUCCGAAAUAAAUUCAUUGCUUACACGGCCCCUUAUCCAGAAGUCAUUGACAUCAUGUGUGAAUCUGGAGCCAUUUACAUUUUGUCAGGAGACAGAAAGUUGUACCAGCUGCAAGAGAAAGACACGUCAACUAAGCUGGAUAUUCUGUUCAAGAAAAACAACUAUCUUCUUGCUAUCAGUUUGGCCAAAAGUCAGCAACUGGAUCAAGAUGGCCUGAUGGAUAUUUUCACACAGUAUGGCGAUCAUCUUUACGCCAAGGGUGAUCACGAUGGAGCAAUACAGCAGUACAUUUGUACCAUUGGAAAACUAGAGGCUUCAUAUGUUAUUCGAAAGUUUUUGGAUGCUCAGAAGAUCCACAACCUCACCCGAUACCUGCAAGCUUUGCACAAAUCACAGCUGGCAACAGAGGAACACACUACCCUGUUGCUAAACUGUUAUACUAAACUAAAGGAUGUCUCAAAGCUGGAUGAAUUUAUUAUGACCAAAGACAGGGAAGUGGACUUUGAUGUGGAGACAGCCAUAAGGGUUUGCCGUCAAGCAGGAUACCAUCGGCAUGCUCUCUUGCUAGCAGAGAUACAUGAAAAACAUGAGUGGUACUUGAAAAUCCAACUGGAGGAUAUUCGAGACUACCAAGCAGCUUUAACAUACAUUGCGCGAUUGAGUUUUGAGGCAGCUGAAAGCAACAUGAAACGCUAUGGCAAGGUGCUCAUGGCAGAGGCUCCUCAAGAAACAACAGAGCUGCUCAAGCGCUUGUGUACUGAUUACAAAUCUGCUUGUCAACCGCUUGUGGAUCAAACAAGUCUAGAUGGUGCACUUCCACAAAUUCAAAGAGCCAGCGCAGAAGAAUUUAUACAUAUAUUUGUCAAUAAUCGAUCUCGUCUGACAGAAUUUUUGGAGCAUAUGGUGGAGGUACAACCAAACUCAUCAAAUCUUGUGUACAACACACUGUUAGAGCUGUAUCUUCAUGAUAUGGUACAUGAAACAUCAAUUGGGGCAAGAGUGGAGAGGGAGAGGAAAACACUGGACUUGCUAAAGAAUCCAGAUGCUGGAUACAGUAUGGAGCAGGCAAUGGUUCUUUGUCAGGUCAACAGUUUCAAAGCUGGUAUCCUGUACUUAUAUGAAAAGGCACAGCUAUACAUGCAGAUACUUCAGUACCAUAUGGACCAUAAUGAAUAUGUCCAUGUUAUGGAGGCCUGCAAGAAGUUUGGGCAGCAAGAUUCUCGACUGUGGGUUCAUGCACUGUCUUACUUUGCACAGCGAGAGACCACCUGCAAGACUCAGCUAAUAGAAGUCUUAUCUUAUAUUGACAAGAAAAAUCUCAUGUCUCCUCUUCUUGUCAUCCAGACACUUGCUCAUAAUUCCUCUGCUACUCUCUCUGUGCUUAAGGACUACAUCAUACGACGCCUGCAGCUAGAGCAGGAUCAGAUGGCAGAAGACAUGCGUCUUGUUCGGCAGUACCAGGAAGACACUGCCAAAAAACGUGCUCUAAUACAAGAGCUUCAGACAUCGGCAAAAAUAUUCCAAGCUUCUAAAUGUAAUAUCUGCAACCACAGCUUGGAGCUUCCAUCAGUUCAUUUUCUGUGUGAACCACACUCAUAUCACCAACACUGCUUUGAAAGCUAUGCUGAGAAUGAUGCUGAAUGUCCUGCAUGUGCACCAGAGAACAGAAAAUUUAUGGACAUAAUCCGAGCACAAGAACAGACACGAGAUAUUCAUGAAUCGUUUCACAACCAGCUGGAGAGAGCACCAGAUGGUUUUGCUGUUGUUGCAGACUACUUUGGUCGUGGUCUUUUUAACAAUCCCAAGGGAACCAAAGGCUAAGGAAUGAAUUCUUCCAUGUUACUUGUGACAUCCCUUUUCACCACCAAAAAACACUAAUUUGUAAUGGUAAUAUGAAACUUAAAGUCUGUAAGCAAAGCGCAGUCAUUUGAACAUUUUAUUUUGUGGGAUUUCAGGAGUGGUGAUUAUACAAGGUUAGCUUUUUAUCAAGCUAAUGUUUGAAAGGUUAUUGUCUCUAUUCGGGACACUUUAAAUUUUUGAUAAUAAAAGAUGUUAGAGAUUG